AUGGAGUACGGAAAGAAUAUGUGGCCAGAAUUGGUCGACCUUCAGCUCCUUUUUAACAGUGAGAAAGAAGAUUAUUUUGUGAAUAGUAUUGAAAAGGCAUAUUCUUUCGUAAACAAAAUAGACCCAGCAGUACCGACGGUAUCUGAAGAUUUGAUUACAACUGACGACGAAAUGAUUUGGCAACAAAUCGCUUUUGGAAAUAAGAAAUUUCAUCGAUAUUAUGAAAAAAACAAGUAUAUUAUGGAUGCGGAAUAUAAUCUUAUGAAGCCAAAUAAGUUAGAGCAAAAGAUGCAGCCUGUGAUAUCAAAACCAGACUCGCAGCAUAGAAGUUCAUGUGACGUCGAUAAUGAUGAUGUUAAUUCAUUCAAUCUUACCCAGAAGCAAAUUGAAGAUAUCGAAAAAUCGGAGGACAGUGAUAUCUAUGAUAAGGAGAAUGAUGCUUCAAGUGGCGAAGACCAUAAUACUACAACACUAGAUCAUGUGGAGGUGCAGAAACGAUCGAAGAGUGUUGUUGAUGAUCGUUUUUUUUCUUUGGCAGAAAUGCACGAAUAUUUGGAUGAACAGGAAAGAAAUGCACCAGAUCCGAAUGAAAGUCUGUUUGAAGAGUUUGAUACAGAUGAUGAUGAUUUAUUGAAUGCUAAUGAUGAUUAUCGUUACAAAGAAUUUUACGAAAACACAAAGAAUGGUGAAAAGCUGGAAAAAUCUGAUGAAAUUUCUCGUUCUAAUGAGGCCCAGAAAAAAGUCAAGAAAAAAGUUAGAUUUGCUGAUGAGACUAUAAGUGACAUAGUUUCAUCAGCAAAUGUGAAAAGUGAUGAUAAUGGUACUGAAGAAAGUGCCGAUGAUUAUAAUGAUGAGCGAGAAGAUACAAUAUUACUUGGUCAAGUAAGUGAUGAAGAAAAUGAUGAAACUGAUUUUCAAUGUCGACAAAAAAAGCUUCAAGAACGAAUCUCUUCAAUAGAAAAAAUCAACUUGGCUCCUAGAAGUUGGGAUUUGAGCGGCGAAGUAACAGCUAUAGAAAGGGAUGAAAAUACUAUGCUGGAGAAGUAUUUGGAUUUCGAUCAGUCGGUUCCAUCAAAACCAAUUAUUACGAUUGAUGAAACCGCUAAACUGGAAGCAAUGAUAAUGCAACGAAUUGUUGAUAAAGUAUUUGAUGAUGUUGUGCGAAAAGAGCGUGAUCCAAAAAUGAAUGCAGCAUACCGCGCACCCGUUGUAGAAAAAGAUGUUGUAAAGAAAUCUCUCACCGAAGUUUAUGAAGAGCAGUAUCAAAAAGUGCACAACAGAGUAACAGAGGGGACAGAAGUGAAUGAAAAACAUGAAGAAAUUAGAAAAUUGAUAUCAUCAUUAUUUCAGAAGCUGAAUGCUCUUAGUCAUUAUCGUUACAUACCUCCCGAGGUAAGUCAAGAAAUUCGUGUUGUAAAUAAUAUGCCUUCACUACAAAAAGAAGAAGUAGGACCUAUGGCCUCCACUGAUGCUGUUCUUUUAGCUCCUGAAGAAGUUUAUAAACAUGUUAAUGGUCUAGUAAAAGGAGACGAUGAGAAAACAAAAACUGAUCGAUCUCGUGCUCAUCGACGGAAAAAGAAAUGGCAGCAUAUACGACAGUUAAAGCGUCAAGAAGCAGAACUUGUCAUUGAAAAUAAUGAAGUACCAUUUAAGAAAAAGAAGAUUAUGCCUCAGUAUGACAAAAGGAAAGGAGCUAAAAAACUAACGUCUACCUCAUUUUUCCAAAAUCUUCAGACGAAAGUCACGGAAGAGGUAAUUUAUUCAUCAAAGUUUUCAAUAUCGAAAAUUGAGAUUACAACGGUGAGAGCUCAAAAGAAUAAAACCAGUGAUUUGUCGAAAAAGAAGUCGGGCGCUAACUAUAAAUUAUAA